ACUCUGUCUGCAUUUCAUGGAGGACAUCUAUGACCAAGGUGUGGAGAGUUCUAAUGUGCAUCUCCAGCCUGGACAGUCAGACAGUAAUGAUCCAGACUCGCCCAGAACAUCCGGAGGUGGAAGUCAUGAAGCAAAGCCUCCAAAAAGAAAGCUCAGCACAUUUACAGAUGGCAAGAGGAAAAGAAGGGCAAAAACUGUGAGACGUUCAAGGCCAGGUUACACGAUCCAAGAGGGCGAGGACAUGCUCUUAAUCAUCUCCAACAUAAACAAGUACGAUAGUGUCUUUAAGACCAAGAGGAAAGUGUGUAAGAGAAGGGUAACAUCCAAAGGCAAGGUGAAAGUCCCUGCUGCAAAAAGGAAAAACAAGCCUUCGAAAGAUGAAAUUGGAGAGGAGGCACUAAGCCAUAACGCUGGACUCAAGGAGACUGGAAAUGAUGGAGAGCAGCUCACCGAUAGCUGGGGGCAGAACCUGCCCGUGGAGCUCCUGGUCAACAUUUUCCACCUUGUGGUAAAUCAGGAGGGAGCUGUACCAUUUCUGUGCAGGGCAGCCAGAGUUUGCCAUCUUUGGAAUUUUGCAGCUUCUAAUCCAAUUUUAUGGCGUGAUGUGUCAGUUGGCUACUGCUGGAUUGAACCUGGUAAGACACAGUUGCCAAAAAUGGAACUGAAGAUCAAGAAUACUGUAAGCUGGCUAGCUCAGAACAGGUUCUCUCAACUCAGGGAGUUUUCUCUCUCUCACUGGAAAAAGCAUGUUAGCUAUGUUGUACAGGUUGUAUCUCAGUCCUGUCCUCAUCUUACCUCCCUCAAGUUGUCAUACUGUGUUGAUGCAACAGAGAAGACCUUUCAGAGUCUUAAUAGCUGUCCAUCACUGGAGACUAUCAACAUACAGUACUCAGAGGUACACAUAGAGGGCUUGGUUCUUUUCCUGGAAAAAUGUGGGAACCAGAUAAAGAAAAUUCUGUUUACCUAUGGCCCUAAGAUUGACAAACUUCUUUCUGUAAUUGCAAGAGGAUGCUGCCCAGAGCUUAAACUUUUGGAAAUAAACACAAAGCUGGGAAGUGGAUUUUGCCAGCUACCCAUCUGCAUACAGACCUUGCAGAGUGGCUGCCCUAAAUUACAGGUUUUCCGAAUACUGAACAUCACACCUAUAAUAAAAACAGUGCGCAGAACUUCAGACUGUACUCCUGGCUUUCCCCACCUGGAGGAGCUGUGUCUGGCUACUUCUGCUGUAUCCUUCAUGACAGACCAAAACUUAAUGAGUGUGCUUCAUAGCUCCCCCAAGCUGCGUGUCCUAGACCUACGUGGCUGCCCGAGAAUUACUACAGCCCUUCUUGCUGCACUGCCCUGCCAAGGUAACUACAGAUUUAUUCUGUGCAUCUUAGUUUCUUUACCUGAAAAAUUGCAGAUGUUAACUGCAGACAACAGUGGGGAAUUCAUGGGAAUCGUAGCACACCUUAAUCCCAGACCUCUCGGCUGCACAAAUACACCUACAGGAUUUCUUAAAGAUCUGGAGUGUCUCUACUGGGGACUUUACCUCAGCAGCAGUAUGGUGUCUUCCAAGAAAGGCCUUUAUCUGCUCACAGAGAAGUGGAGCGACACUCUGAGGGAGCUGGACCUCACCAGCCAGCCUUUCUCUGAGGAAGAUCUAGAGAUUGCUAUGGGUAAUUUGACAUGUAGCAAAGGAGCUGAUCUACUCCAGUCUCUUAAUCUUAGCUCAACCAAGGUCAACACUAAUACUGUAAGGGCAGUUAUAACCCAGUGUUCGAAGCUCAGCUACCUAAAUCUGUCAUCUUGCCGUUGUCUUCCAAGAGGUCUGAAGAGAGUUUAUCGUUGUCCAGAGGACAUUAACCAACUACUGGAUAAAUUGUGAAACCUAUGGCAGGACAACCUUGAAAGUCAUAUUCAUUCAUUCAAACUAUGAAAAAUAAGUAAAUUAAUUCUAUUCUCAUUUUAACUGUAUUGGGUAUGAAACCAAUUAUCGAUAGUCUAUCAUUGAAACCCAUGUUUUCCAGCAAGAAUGUUUAUAUUUUUUUUUACAGGAGAACGGUUUUAAUUUUAUUUUAUACUUUUUAUUCCAGUUUCAAAAUUUGAUACUGGUUGAAUUUGUUUGGAUCUUAGUUUAACAGAUGACGUGUACAUUCCGUGUUAAUGUUCUUAGAAGUACAGCAUUUUGUUGCCAAAUUAUAUCAAUAUGUAAUAAAGUGCAACAAUACAGCCAAAACUCUGUGUAUUCUAAUUGCCAUUAAACAAUCUUCUUGCAACCAAAAUUUCUUGGUAGCAAUAUUCAUAAAUUGUUGGCAAAAACCUAAUAAUAAAUAAAUUUUUACUGAAAGGGG